AUGGCCAUGCCUCAGCCGAUGCCUCAGCAGAUGCCUCAGCCGAUGCCUCAGCCGAUGGUUGAGCCGAUGCCUCAGCAGAUGCCUCAGCUGAUGCCUCAGCAGAUGCCUCAGCCGAUGCCUCAGCCGAUGGUUGAGCCGAUGCCUCAGCCGAUGCCUCAGCAGAUGUAUCAGCAGAUGCCUCCGCAGAUACCGAUGUACGCUCCACCGGAAGUACAACACGUUUUUUAUCAGAUCGAACCCCAGUCUCAACCUCAAGGUCACAUUCCCAAUCCAGUCAUAGUGCAGCCAAAGCCCACAGACUCCCCUAGACAGAUGCAGUGUCCAGUCUGCCAAAACACAGUUGUAACUGUAGUCACAUUCAAGAUCGGACUUCUCGCCUGGCUCAUCUGUGGAAUACUACUAAUAUUUCUCAUCUGGCCCUGCUGCUUUAUCCCAUUCUGUGUGGACGCCUGCAAAGAUGUGGAACAUACUUGUCCGGCGUGUAAUGGGGUCAUACAUAUCCACAAACGCAUGUGA